AUGAACUUUGGUAUGCACUUUGCACCCAAAAAGUGUAAGGUCAUGCUCGUUGACAUGCAGUCACUAAACACGUCACUUAUAAUACAGAGAGACACUCGAAGUUGUGGAGCGGCUUACGUAUAUUGGAAGUUUUACAACUAUCUGAAUGAACUGAGUCCAUACAUCAAAUUUAGUAUGGAGAUGGAGCCAAUCUCGGGUACGCUGGCCUUUUUAGACUGUAUGACACAAGGUCGAGGGAAAACUGAAGAACACAGGGACUACGGUACAAGUCACAGACUGAUAGCCGAGGCGAUAGAAUUCACCAGUGUUAACAGAAAUCGUUCAGCUGUAGCACCCUUCCGGUGCCUAACUGCCAUGCCACCGGAAGGAAGCACGAGGACUGAGAUGCUGCCAGGUUGCCCGAGCCCAGACAAGGGAAGUUGA